AUGCCAGAACGGCAAUCCUUGAGACUCAAAAUACCAUCAGAGAAACUAGCCCUCAUUCAACAAUUCAUGGAUGGCGUGAAGAAGAAACGCAAGACGAGAGUCAACUGGAAAGCAGGCGAGAAAGAGGCCAUGCUUGCUCUUCGCGAGCAGUAUCCCAAGAUGCCUUUGAAGGAUUUUCAGGAGACCUAUUACCCAGACCGAACUGUCAAAACUUUGGGAGCGCUUAUUCGUCAAUUGAGAAAGGAACCUGGUAAAGAAGAGGACACUGAGACUGGGAACGAGGAUCAUUGUCAUUCGAACACUCCCAGACUAACCAGGCUGAAACGCCCUCGGCGGAGUGGUCCCUUUGAGUACAGCGAUAGUGAAGAGGAAGAUUCCAGUUCAGAUGAAAUAAUCGAAGACAUCAAUCCUUCUGGCCAUUGUACUCCUAACAAGUUCAUCAAACUAUCACACUCCGCAGAAGCUCAGAGCCCGCCAGCUCGUCGCCAGGCUGUAGAGCAACGAGAUCCCAGACUCCGCUCUCAGACAAAUGCAUCUCCACAGAUGCCAAAGAAUACUACAGAACUUGCAUCCAGGCCGCAGACAAGUCCUCCCGAAACGACAACUGUGGGACAAGACACGGGCUGUGCAGAGCCAAGCACAGGUUCUACAGGCAUUACUCCACCUCUCCUGGAUAUAUCUCUAGAUAGACCUGUAGAGCAUCCUGGCGCUGAGCUGCACGUCAUUAUCCAAGACAACCAGCAGCAACAAACCCAGCUUCAGGCUCCAAAUCAAGAACUAUUCUCAGAAGCCUUGAUCAGACAGGAAUUCGCAAAGGAAGUCACGAGCAUCUACGCAAAGCUUCAAACACUGUGUCAGUUCGAAGAACAAUUGUUCGCGGCGGUUAGUCAGGGUCGGGCCCAGAACUCCGUUCUUGAAAAGGAAUAUGAUAUCAUGAAAAGGGACUAUGGCACGAUGAAAAAAGAAUACGACGAGAUGAAAAAUGGGAAGGAUAUAGAGAUUGCGCAGCUCAAGGAAAGUUGGCAGGCAGAGCGGGACGCUCUGAUGCAGAAAAAUACACGUCUGGGCAAAGGUCUCGAGAAGAUGCAAGAUGUGCUAAAGGACUUGGAGGCGUGA